GCGCACGCAUCACAUUUUACCGGCCGGCAACAUUCGGCAUACAGUAUGUUAGGGUAGUGAUUGUGUGUUUCUGCUUUUGUUCAUGCCAUCAUAUCUCUCACCACGGAUAGAGUACACGCACACCAGGAUUGAAGAUCGAGCGAAUUGUGUAUAAAAUUGAAAGACACACCUCGCGGUCGUUGGUUUCUGUCAUCAUCUUCGCGCAGACAUCGGUUGUACUGGUUCGUUCCGCGCCUUGAUUCCAGGUUGACCUUGAGCUUACUGUGGUGUAGAUUUUUUGUUAUUGUACUUUUGUUUGGUGCCGUUUUCAACCGCAUUUAUCCCAUAAUUCAUAAUGGCGAAUCCGAAUCAGGAAAUUAAAUACACUAAGAUCUUCAUCAACAACCAGUUCGUGAAUGCAGUUAGUGGCAAGACCUUUCCCACGGUUAAUCCAUCAACCGGCAAGAAGCUAGCUGACAUUGCCGAAGGCGAUAAGGCCGAUGUUGAGCUGGCAGUGAAGGCUGCGAAGGCUGCAUUCGUACGCACGUCUUCUUGGCGUCAGAUGGAUGCUUCUGCCAGGGGUGCCCUGCUGUGGAAGCUGUCUACCUUAAUGGAACGAGACGCGAGUGUGAUUGCUUCGCUCGAGUCCCUGGACAAUGGCAAACCCUUCCCUAAUGCAAUGUACGAUGUGCAAAGUUCGAUUAAGACCCUUCGCUAUUACGCUGGACUGGCCGACAAGGUCGGCGGUGAUACGAUCCCUUCGGAUGGGCCUCAUUUUACCUAUACUCGCAAGGAACCCGUGGGUGUGGUAGGACAGAUUAUCCCGUGGAACUAUCCAUUGGCGAUGUUGUCGUGGAAGUGGGGUCCAGCCCUCGCUGCUGGCUGCACGAUCGUAAUGAAACCGGCCGAACAGACACCGUUGACAGCACUGUACAUGGCGGCAUUGUCCAAGGAAGCUGGCUUCCCCGAUGGUGUAAUCAAUGUUGUUCCAGGUUACGGACCAACGGCGGGUGGUGCUAUUAGCUCGCAUCCGGAAAUACGCAAGGUGGCAUUUACGGGUUCGGUAGAGGUCGGAAAGAUUAUUAUGGCUGCAGCCGCCAGCAGUAAUCUGAAGAAAGUGUCGCUUGAGCUAGGUGGCAAGAGUCCGCUCGUUAUCUGCGAGGAUGCUAAUGUGGAACAGGCUGCCAUGAUCGCUUACAUGGCCGUGUUCGAGAACCAGGGCCAAUGCUGUAUUGCAGCCACACGUACUUUUGUGCAUGAAAGCAUCUACGAGAAGUUCGUGCAAAAAGCAAGCGAGUUGGCAAAGGCACGCAAGGUUGGCAACCCAUUCACUGAAGGAACCGUUCACGGGCCGCAGAUCGAUGACACACAGUACAAGAAAAUCCUUGGCUACAUCGAGGUGGGUCAAAAGGAGGGUGCCAAGCUGGUCACCGGUGGUAAGACGGUUGGCAACGAGGGUUACUUCAUUGAACCAACGAUUUUUGCCAAUGUUACGGAUGAUAUGACAAUCGCCAAGGAGGAAAUCUUCGGCCCGGUGCAGAGUAUCAUCAAGUACAAAACGUUGGAUGAAGCGAUUGAACGUGCCAAUAAUACCGCGUUCGGACUGGCCGCUGGUAUCGUGACGAAUGACGUUAACAAAGCCCUUACAUUCAGCCAUUCAGUAGAAGCUGGUUCAGUUUGGGUAAACACCUACCUGGCCGUGGUGAACCAAGCACCAUUCGGUGGCUACAAGCAGUCGGGUAUCGGCCGUGAACUGGGUAAAGACUCGCUGGAAGGUUACCUAGAGACAAAAUCAGUCUCCAUUCGUCUGCCGGCUAAAAUUUAAAAGGGUCGUCCGUUGACCAGUUACAGCUAUCGUGAUUUACGAUUGUUUCGUCGUUCGUGUUUAUUUCAAAACAAAUACAUCUUCAUCGUUUUGUUGCAUUAUGUUUCA